UGCUCCUUCGGUUCCAAGACAAAGAAAACUCUCAACUUUAUAAUAUCAUUAAUUAAAUGAAGAAAAAGCAAAGUUUUUCAUCCAUUUUUUGUCAGAAUAUAUCAUCUGGCUGCUGGACAAUGAACAACGACAUCACCACAGCUGCUGCUACUUCUUCUUUGCCAACCUCGAGAUCUUGGUCUCUGUCUUCCCUAUCUUUUUUUCCCACCGGACCCAUUUUCAGACUCGGCCUCUGGAUCAUUGCCGCCUACAGUGUUGUUGUAUAUUGCAGAAAUAGUUCAGCCAUACUGGUGAAAGAAUAACCGAUUUGUCAGGUUUGCUUCUUUGGGACAAAGAGAAUGCUCAUGUUUGUCAUCUGACAUAUAGAUGUUUCUUCGAGGGAAGUUGAACAAAGCCAUAUGCCCUACGGAAGAAAUCCUAAUAUGGAGUUAACAGCAGCUUAUGAUGUUGAACAUCUGAGUUCUACCCAAAGGAUUCAGCAUGAGUUGUGGCCAUUAGGAGAGAUUGUUCCAGAGAAGGCUAAGUUUCCAUGUUGUUUAGUUUGGACUCCACUCCCAGUUGUCUCGUGGUUGGCACCUUUCAUUGGGCAUGUUGGCAUUUGCAGGGAGGAUGGAACCGUCUUAGAUUUUUCAGGAUCCAAUUUUAUAGGUGUUGAUGAUUUUGCAUUUGGUGCUGUAGCAAGAUAUCUUCAACUUGAUAGAGAACAGUGUUGCUUUCCGCCAAAUCUAGCUGGGCACAAGUGCAAGAAUGGCUUCCGUCAUGCAGAGUUUGGAGCAUCAAUCACAUGGGAUGAUGCCCUACGGUCUAGCAUCCGGUACUUCGAGCACAAAUCCUACAACCUCUUCACCUGCAACUGCUAUUCAUUUGUUGCCAACUGUCUGAAUCGGCUCUGUUACGGUGGAUCAAUGAGUUGGAAUAUGAUAAAUGUGGCAGCUCUUAUACUAUGCAAGGGGCGUUGGGUAGAUAGCAUGUCAAUCUUAAGAUCUUUUCUCCCGUUCAUACUGGUGUUAUGCCUCGGCAUUGGCAUGGCUGGGUGGCAAUUCUUGGUCGGGCUGCUAUCCUUCUCAGUCCUCCUCCUUGGAUGGUUUCUGAUGGGUACUUACUGUGUUAAAAAUGUGUUGGAAUGCUAGGUCAUUUGCCAUUGAUGUCAAAGAGUUUUUAAUGGAGGAAACUCGAUAAUACAGUAUGGGUGUCUCUUCUAUAAGCUGUGUUUAUGAAAACAGUUUGCAAUUGAGAUGCUGUAGGUUUUCUGGAAAGACCUCUUGACAUGAUGAAGUAAUGGAAGAAAGUGUUCCUCUA